AUGCCGGCGGUCGUGUCGAGACCCCGGGUUGAGACUGCUCGGAAGAGACGUGCUCAUGCGAAGUCAAGAAAGGGGUGUGGUAACUGCAAGCUGCGACGUAUCAAAUGCGACGAAGCUCAGCCUUCCUGCAAGAAAUGCAAGCUCUAUGGCGUGUCUUGCGACUACUCCGGCCUGGAAAGCUCUUUAGAUCUCGAUGCUCAGGGAUCUUUCCAGGUACUACUCGAGCCAAACACUGUUGUGGAGUCAUGUAGCCUUGACGAAGGGGACGUUGAAGCAUGCGUACUGCAUCAAGAAAAUGGUAUCAACUCAUGGAUACCUCCGCUUGACUCUAUUUCUAUUAACUCAAGUUUGACCACUGUUAUCGAUGAUUCUCUCCGUUUCAACACAUCGAACCCCAAUUGGAUAAACAAGUCUUGGCACUUCACCAAUAAACGACUAGUGAUCCUUUCGAGGUUCAGGGAGCGGACCUCAGUGACUAUCGGCAACCCACAGAUGGCGCCAUUAUAUCGCGAUCUCAUAUGUCAACUUGCAUGUAAGCACUCCUUUCUGAUGCACAUGCUUCUCAGUGUAACUUUGAUGCACGAUGCCCAUCUCGCAAAUCCUUUAGCAGCUGCUUCUGCCACCAACAGCAGCCAGAUAGCACUCGAACAUUGGAAUACGGCUUCGAACCUCUUUAACGAUGUCCUAUCUCGGCCAAUUCCGCCAUCGUAUCGUGAUGCCAUUUGGGCCACCGGAGUGUUUAUAGGUGCUGCAUCAUUCUGGUCGAUCAGCUCCACCAACCCAUAUGACGUGUGGCCAUUGAAACCGGAAGAGCCAGACGACCUCUCCUGGCUGAGGAUCGGCGAGGGGAAGAAGCACCUCUGGCGACUUGCUCAACCUCUGAGAUCGGACAGCAUCUUCUGCGGUCUUAUCAAAGACCACAGCUGCCUCACAGUACCAGAGUGGACAGCUAUUGAGACAGCUACCGAAUCAGGACCGUACAUCGCUGCUCGCGUCAUGAAGAUCUUUGGUAUUACACCUUUGUCUGACGAAAAUGAUAACGCCUACUAUCAUCCUAUACUCGCAUUGUCGAAAUGUCCUAACAUCAAACUUACGCAUGAGAAUGCGCUGAACUUCUUGUACAUCAUGGCAGUCAUCACACCCGAGUUUCUCAAGCUCUUGGAAGCCAAAGAAAUGAGGGCGGUAUUCAUCAUGGGAUGGUGGUACCUCCUGUUGACGACUGGCGACUUAUGGUGGAUGAGUCGAAGGGCCAAAAUCGAAGGACAAGCAAUUCGCAUCUGGCUGAGAAGGCAACAAGGUGGCGAAGAACUUGCAGACCUGUUGGAUGAGAUUGAGAGGCAUGCCGGGGUCGAGGAGGUAGCAACGGCAUGGUUUUUCGAAAAAGUUUAA